GCACCGAGACAGGAGACUACGCGUACGACUGUUUGUAAAUAACUGUCCGGGAACGCAACAGCGAAAAAGCACUUUUUGGACAUCAGCUGUCAAGGGAAAACACCUGUCGACUUGGUACAGUAAAGUUGUUCAAACUAUUUUGGAAGUUUCUUUUCUCUUUGACAUCUUUUUUGCCUCAUGUAAUAUUACGGAGAGAACAAGAUUUGCGGACAGUAAAGUGUACAGUCAACUCAAAAACCUCCAACGUAAUUUCUAUUCACAUGUCAACAAAAAUGGAGCAACCGUUUUAUCAUGACGACUCGUUUCUUUCUGCUUAUGGUCAUCCAGACGCUGCCCUGCACGACUACAAGCUCCUAAAGCAGAACAUGAGCGUGGGCUUCGCCGAACCUUACCGGAACCUCAAGUCCCUGCGCUCCGAAAGCGACUUCUACACUGCGGCAACCGGAGACGUCGGCUCGCUGAAACUCGCCUCUCCGGAACUGGAGAGACUCAUCAUCCAGAACGGUACCGGCGUCUUCACAUCACCCACUCCGGGGCAGUAUCUGUACGCCCGGGGCAUCACAGAAGAGCAGGAGGGCUUCGCGGACGGCUUCGUACAAGCGCUGGACGAGCUCCACAAAAUGAACCAAAUGCCUCCGCCGAACGUGUCCAUCGGAGUCGGCGGCGUGUCAUCCUGCUCGGCCGCGUCGUCCGUCUUCUGCGCCUCCCUGCAGCCGGAGACGCCCGUGUACACCACCCUGAACAGCAGCAAUCCCAACACUAACCUCACACCCGCAGCCAACUACCCGACAGCCACCAUCAGCUACCUGCCUCACCACCACCAACAGUACCAUCACCACCACCACCACCAAGCAACGACGCACCCUCAUCACCAUUUUCAGCACUCGCUCCAUCAUCCGCAGCGAUUUGUUGCGCUUAAAGAGGAGCCACAGACCGUGCCCGACCUGCAGAGCAGCGACGGCUCUCCUCCCAUGUCCCCCAUCGACAUGGAGGACCAGGAGCGCAUCAAAACGGAGCGCAAAAAGCACAGGAACCGGCUGGCGGCCACCAAGUGCCGGCGACGGAAGCUGGAGCGCAUCUCCAGGCUGGAGGACAAAGUGAAAGUUCUCAAGUCGGAUAACGCCGGACUGUCCAGCACCGCCUCCCUACUGAGGGAGCAAGUUGCCCAGCUCAAGCAGAAGGUCAUGACCCAUGUGAGCAGCGGGUGCCAGCUGAUGCUGACGCCGAAGAUCAAGUCGUUUUAAACGGUAGAACUGUCUGCGAUGACAAGGACACUGACAAAUGGGAAACACUGGAAGAGCAGAUCAUGUUUGUGAUGUUUUGAUGCAAAUGAUAUUGCAGCACUGAGUACGAGCGUUGUAUAUUUCUUAAGUGUUUUCUUGUAGAAAACCAGAGUGUUAUCGUUGUUUUCAAAAGCAUCUUCAAGGUACUAAAUGCUGAAGAAUGGACAAUGAAAGCACAGGGAGAAACCUUUAAGUUGGUUUUGUUUUUAAGUGCUGCCCUAUGAAAACAUUCCAGUAAGUUAUUGAGAUUGUGAGUCGGGUUGAUCCAGACCUGUAUUUCUGUUUGUUUUGUUUAUAAUUUUUUAUAUUUAAGUAAAAGCGUUGAAAAUGCUGCCACUGUUUGGGUUGUUCAUUUCUAGCAAACGAAUAGCUCGCUCUGUACGGCUUUAAAUUGACGUUGGAGACGUGCCCACUUUGGCUUCUUUUUCCUGCUGACGUAAAGCCCAUACAUGGGCUGUUUUGGCGCUCGUACGUCACUGAGGGUAGACUUGCGGGAACCCCCGCCCACGCUACCGGUCAGGAAGUCCGCGUGCUUUCAAGUCUGAGGUUCGAAUGAAUGAAGCGCGUGUGAACGCGUGAAAAUUUAGCAACUCGGGGUUUUCCCCGCGCGCAGAAACCUUCCCAAAACAGUUUCAGCGAAAAGAAAACUAGAGAUAAAAAUACGAACACGGACAUUUUCCAGGUACUUUGCAAAAAAUGGAGCCAUCACAAGCACCAAAAUAGAAAAACAGAUCGCAGUAAAUAAGAGCUAGACUUAUAAACGAGAAGUGCCCACAGUGACUCUUUUUCCAGUGAUUUCCGGAAAACAUACUGUAGUUUUGAUUAACUGUCCAGUACCAAAACCACAGACCCACGCACUAUAACGCCUAUAUGAUCUGUUUUGUGACAUGCUUUAUUCUUUCACAAGUUGCCAAUUUUCUUAAUUUUAGUCAGCCACAAAAUACAACACUUUUAUGAGGGAUUCUUUCAUUCUUUCGACAUUAGAACUAAUUAUAUCUUCAUCCUACAGAAACACAUCUACAGCAAAUUGCACUUGGGCAUAGACAGUCCAGAUGGUUGGUGACUUUAUUUGAUAUCACCAUAGACUGUAUAUAAACAGGAUAUCACACAUCAAAGGAAUUAAAUCCAUAUAUCAUGUCAGGACAAAAUUCUACCCAAAUAAGCACAUUUUGAUUCAAAUAAAUAAAAGCUAGUGUUUUGUAGGCUAUUUAAUUUUGUAAUAGCCUAUUUUUAGGUUUUAGUGGACAUUUUAUUUUAUUAAAAAGACUUGAAGUGAUGUCCCAGGAUAAGCAUCAACCGUCGCAAUCACAUAGUUUGAAAACAUCAUAUUAGUUUAAAAACAAGAUAUUUACAGAAUAUCAACAUUAUAUUCAUAGCUCUAUCUCAGCAUAUAUUAACAUUUUUAAAUUUAGCUUGAUGACACAAUGAUAGGCUAUUUGUUAACACUUAAGGACAUUAAAUAUCAGGGGGG